AUUUGCGGUAUUAGGUAAUAACUUAGCUGCAUAAAUUAUAGAAAAGUCAAGAAAAUUUGCGGUUGAAGGAAGAGGAGAUAAAUCUCGAAGUAGAACGAGAGUAAGGGAGGGAGGGAAGAGGAAAUGCUUCAGACUUUGGUGCUUUUAGCAUGCAUUUGGGUUUGGCACCCGAGCUCCAUCAAUGGCGCCACCGACUCUGAUGACAUUUCUGCUCUCAAUGUGUUCUAUGCUAGUAUGAACUCACCGGCUCAGUUAACAAAUUGGAAUUCGAGCGGAGGUGACCCUUGCGGGGAAUCAUGGAAAGGGAUCAUCUGCUCCGGCUCAUCAGUUACAGAAAUCAAGCUGCCUGGAUUGGGUCUUAAUGGAACUUUUGGCUACCAGAUGGAUAAGUUGAAAUCCCUUGUUGAGCUGGAUUUGAGCAACAAUAAUUUGGGAGGUGGAAACACACUUCCUUACAACCUACCCCCAAAUCUUCAGCGCCUAAAUGUUGCUCAGAACCAAUUUAAUGGAGGAAUGCCCUAUUCGAUAUCGCUGAUGGCUGCUCUUCAAUACCUAAAUCUUGCUCAAAAUCAGUUUCAAGGCAAUUUGUCCGAUUGGUUCAGGCCCAUGGUUAGCCUUGAUACAAUGGAUCUCUCCAACAACUCUUUUACAGGUGAUCUUCCUGAAAGCUUCAGCUCCCUGUCUAACUUAACGGCCCUGUAUUUGCAGAACAACCAAUUUACAGGUCAUAUAGAUGUCCUCUCCAAUCUACCCCUUAAUAACCUUAAUGUUGCAAACAAUCGAUUUAGCGGAGCUAUUCCUAAUCAACUGCAGAAAAUCAACAAUAUCGACACUGAUGGUAACUCAUGGAGCACUGAGGCUGCACCUACACCAGUUACAAAUGCCCCUCCAUCACCCGGCAGACGCUCAAACCCUGGCCAGAGAUCCGGGGGAAGAAAUAUUAAUCCAUCUCAUAGUGAUGGAGGUAGUUCUGGUAUUAAUGGGGGAGUGAUAGCUGGAAUUGUCAUAGCUGUUGUUGUUAUCAGUGCAGUAAUCUUCUUCUUCUUGGUGAAGAAAAAAGCAAGGAAAUCUUCUGGAGAGGAACUUCAUUCACAAAGUCAGCCUUUUGAUUCUCUUGCAUUCGAUGAAAUUAAAGAGAUGAAAUCUAUUCAAACAGCAUCAGCAGUUGACACAGCAAAAAUCAAAUCUGCAAAUAACACAACAUUUCAAACGGCUCCUUUUAGCCUGAAACCUCCUCCCUUUGACAGGCAAAAUAAAUCUUUUGAUGAAGAUGAUUCUGUCAAAACACCUGUGAAGAAGGCAAAAGCUGUAUCUAUAAAAACAGCAGUUUAUUCUGUAGCAGAUCUACAGAUUGCUACAGAUAACUUCAGUGUGGAUAAUCUUAUUGGCGAAGGUCCUCAUGGCCGAGUGUAUGUGGCGCAAUUUUCGGACAGUAAGGUUCUGGCUGUGAAGAAAAUAAGUUCUUCCUCUCUAAUCAAUGAAUCGUCUGAGUACUUUAUUGGAUUAGUUUCAAACAUUGCACGUUUAAAUCAUCCAAAUCUAUCCGUGUUGGAGGGCUAUUGUUCUGAGCACGGGCAGCACUUACUUGUGUAUGAGUUCCAUAAAAAUGGCUCGUUACACGAUCUCCUUUACCUCUCCGAUGAGCAUGAAAAUCAUUUAACUUGGAACACUCGCAUAAAGAUUGCGCUUGGGACCGCUAGAGCUUUAGAGUAUUUGCAUGAAGUUUGCUCUCCAUCUGUCAUUCAUCGUAAUUUCAAGUCGGCCAACAUUUUAUUGGAUGCUGACCUCAAUCCUCACCUUUCUGAUGCUGGCCUUGAAAGCCUUAUCCCUUGUGCAGAAUAUCAGGACAAGUUAUCUGGAUAUAAUGCUCCUGAGGUUUGCUUGUCUGGACACUACAGUUUAAAGAGUGAUGUGUAUAGCUUUGGAGUUGUUAUGCUUGAGCUUCUGACAGGAAGAAAACCCUUUGAUAGCUCAAGAUCAAUAUCUGAGCAAUCAUUGGUUCGGUGGGCUACGCCACAGCUCCACGAUAUUGAUGCCCUCGACAAGAUGGUCGAUCCAGAACUCCAUGGGCUGUACCCUGGAAAGUCACUCUCGCGCUUCGCUGAUGUUAUCGCUCUUUGCGUUCAGCCUGAGCCGGAGUUCAGACCUCCCAUGUCGGAAGUAGUUCAAGCAUUAGUUCGUCUCGUGCAAAGGGCCAACAUGAGCAAGAGAGUGCUUUCCGGCGAAGUACAAGAUGGGGCUCGACGAACAAACGACGGAGACACGCACGACUACAUGUACUAAAUGGUAAUGGCGGACGAAAUGGUUUCCUACCUUCCGGUUUGGAUACAGGGAGCUGCUGGCCAAGUCUUCUUGUUCCCUCUGCUGUUAAAUAGCUCAAAACUCUACUGAAGGUCAUGAUAAUAACAAGGCCAUGGCCUUCCUCUCCGCUAGGAAGAAAUGUGUUUUGUUUAUGUUUGUCUGCUUUUUUAUUUUAAAUUAUUGUUGAGACCAUGCUCUUCUUUAUAGUUUUAAUGGCCUGAUUUAUG